UCCUUCCACAGAAGCUAGCUGUCUUUAAAUGAGAUUCCCAGUUUACACUUUGUGAUGAUCGAGGAGUAGAAAGCUGCACAGUUUCUUUUGCAUUGUGAUCAUUUCAUGUGCAGACAUGUGCAACAAACCCUCGAGUCAUUACGAAGCAGUAGAGGAUGAGAACACUGUCUUUAUUUCCAAGGAGAAUGUGUUCAGGAUCCCUGCUCUUUUCUACAACAGAGACAGAAAUAUCCUGAUGGCCUUUUCAGAGAAGCGGAAGACUUCAGAUGAUGCGAGCACAGAAGCGCUGGUCAUGAAGACAGGAACAGUGAACAAGGACGAAACAACCCAUGCAGUGACAGUUAAGUGGUCAGAGCUCAAACUGGUGAAGGAGGCCCAUAUUGAAGGAUACCGUCCCAUGAACCCCUGUCCUCUGUACGAGAAAAACAGCAAAACACUUUUCCUCUUCUUCAUCUGUGUCGAAGGCACCGUCUCAGAGCUCUACCAGAUAUGCUGCAACCGCAACAAAGCCCGUCUCUGCUACAUUACGACCAAAGAUGGUCAAAGUUGGAGUGGAGUGACUGAUCUGACGGACAAACUGGAUGAAAUCAAAAGCUGGGCCACAUUUGCUGUCGGACCAGGUCAUGGUAUUCAAACAGAGGGCGGUAGAUUGAUUGUCCCAGUUUAUGGGUAUGCGUCCUGUUCCCCUUCAUGCUGCUGUUGUAUAAAGUUUUAUUGUUGUACCCCAUAUGCACUCUAUCUUUAUAGCGACGAUCAGGGCAAAUCAUGGCAAUUUAGCAGCAGGAUUAAAAAAGUAUCACUUGAGUGUGAGAUGGCAGAGGUGUCUGACGACACAGGCCUCAAGUCCAUUUACUGCAAUGCUCGUAGUCAGGGAGGCCACAGGGUGGAAGCUCUUGAUAAGAAUGAUGGGGCAGGUUUUAUCAUCCUUCCGCCCACUGACAAGCUUGUGGAGACAGGUACAGGCUGUCAGGGGAGUGUGGUGUCCUUUCCAGCUCAAAGUGAAGAUACUCAUGCAGAUAGAGAUCCAAGCCAGAACCCAAACAAGUGGCUGCUCUUCACCCACCCAAGCCAUAAGUCCAAACGCACUGAUUUAGGGGUUUAUUUGAACAAAAUUCCAAGCAAGUCAAACUCAUGGAGUAAACCCUGGAUCAUUAACAAGGGACCCAGUGCUUACUCAGACCUGGCUUACAUUGAUGACGGAUGGUUUGCUUGUCUGAUGGAGCGUGGGGAGAUCAGUGAGAUUGAGCAGAUAGCCUGCAAGGUUUUCAGCUACCAGGAAGUCAAGCGGGGCAUUGGAGAGUGAUGCAUGGUGCACCAUGACAAGUUUCUCAAUGGCAAUAAAAUGAUGUAUUUUACAAGUAUGUAACUGUAUUUACCAACUUUGAUUGAUGUGAAACUGCUCAGACAUUUAACAUCUGUAAUUAAAACGAUGCUCUACCAACACAGUUUGUAUGAUAAAGCAAUAUUUUAGAAAAAAAAAUCAGCUGAUAAGAGAUAAAAUUGGUUUCUGAAAAAUGUAAAUCAAUGUGUACACAUUUGUGCAUCAACACAUUCUACUUUUUAUGAUUUGUUCUUGUGUUUUAAAUUGCCUCUGUGUUAAAACUUGUUUGUUCACAUAACUUUUCUGUAUAAUGGAGAGUUCCUUAUGUGGCUCAAUAAAGUUAUAGGACAACAGAAGAAAACCUUGUUUUCAACAAUCAAACAAAAGUGACUUCUUUGAAUAAAUCAUGAAAAAGACA